GUGCACUGUUUUAUUGUAGUUUAGACCCAAACCAAUUUAGAUCGCUUUCGCACAGUUCAGUAUAGGUAAAAUUUAGACGAGCUAUGAUAUCCAUUUCCCACACCAAUACUAGCCUAGACAUGAGCCCGCAAAAUUACCGCUUUGAAUAGAACCGACUAUCAUUCGUUACACAGCCGCCAUAGAGAAGACCAGCCAAUAAAUUACAAUUCGAAAUGAUCGUUAGUUUCACCGAAUAAAGUAGUUAAGUGUUUUACAAUAAAUCUUGUUGGUUUGUGACUACUAAAAUGUGUUUAUUGGUGGUUUAAUGUGACGAUUAAGUGGAUUGGGCUAUGACGGCUUUUGGUGGACUUUGAAGUGCGUAUAGCAUACUGGACCCUACGGACCCAAAACGGAUAAGAGUACGGAUUCCCCCCAACGCUGGCCACUAGACGUAACACAAAAUUGGUGCCGUGACCAGGAUCCGGCGUUUGGACCCCCAGAAGCUCUUGGAAGGACCCCACGUAUGCUAAAACCGCUAAACUACCCGAUCGCCAUUGUACAUCCCAUCCCAUUGUUCUUGGUCGCCGACCAAAGAAUCGGACAUCUUGUGACCCUACUGGCAGUUUCGGACCACCAAUCGGCGCUCAUCAACUGGCCUUUUCAAACUGGUCCAGUUCAACGGUUUAUGAAAUUCCAAGGCAUAUCUUUGUCCUUGACAAGUUCUGGAUUCGAGGAUCUCUGUGGUUGCUGGUUCCGGAUAUUGAAAUACAAGGCAAUUUUCCACCUUGUAGAAGGUGAGUAACGUUCCAAUCAAUCUACGUUUCCCUGCGUCUCUACCGGAUCUUUGUUUCAAGGGAACCUCCGGCCAGCAUGACCAAAAAGAAGAUGCUACAACUCGUGCAGAAGCGCACCAACAUCCUAGCGGCGCUGGAUCGGUGCGAGGAAUUCUCCCAGAACUGCGAUGCUGAAAAGGACCACUAUGAAAUCACCCUUCGGAUCGAAAGCAUGGACAAAUUAUGGAGCUCGUUCGAGGAUGUGCAAUCUGACAUCGAAUGCCACGACGAAUCCGUCCAGGGAGAACCUCAACAUAUGGCUACGCGCGAGAAAUUUGAAUCAAAGUUUUUCCGUGUAAAGGGCGUGCUGCUGUCGAAAAUACCGGAUACGCCGAACCCACAUAGCACGCAUCAGCAAUCUCAACCGAAUUCAUCGCAUCUAGCUGCAGUCAAAUUACCGACCAUCAACCUUCCUGAAUUCAGCGGGGACUACAACCAGUGGUUAACGUUCCAUGAUACAUUCAUCGCCUUAAUCCACUCUUCCACCGAACUUUCGACCGUGCAAAAAUUCCACUACUUGCGGGCGGCGGUAAAAGGCGAGGCGGCUCAACUGAUCGAAUCGCUCACCAUCAGCUCCAUGAAUUAUGCUGUGGCAUGGCAGGUUCUGGUCGAUCGGUAUUCGAACACCUAUUUGCUGAAAAAACGCCACCUUCAGACGAUGUUGGAUCACCCUAAAAUGAAACGAGAGUCAGCUAAUGGAUUACAUGGUCUCAUCGAUGCCUUCGAGAAGCACACGAAGAUCUUGAAGCAGUUACAGGAACCUGUCGACGGUUGGAGUACAAUCUUAGCACAUCUGCUAUGCGCUCGCCUGGAUGACGUCACACUGAAGUUGUGGGAGGAUCAUGCUUCUACAUUGACGGAGCCGAACUAUACUGCCCUCAUCGAAUUCCUGCAACGGCGGACACGUGUGCUCGAGUCCCUCUCGGUUAACUCUUCCCAAGCAGCGCAAUCAACUUCGUCACAACCCCUGCCCUCAAAGCGUUUCGGCCCUGCGAAGGUGUAUACUCAUGCUGCUUCCGAUGAGCGAAUCUUCAAAUGCGUAGCGUGCUCGCUUAAUCACCGUUUGGUGGAAUGCAUCGAAUUUCUCAAGAUGCCACUGGAGAAACGGCUGGACCUGGUGAACUCGAAUCGGCUGUGCAGCAAUUGCUUCAGGACGGACCACUUCGUGAAGAAUUGCCAAUCGAAAUUCCGUUGCAAAACCUGUAGAGGAAAGCACCACACGAUGAUUCAUCCAGGGUUUCCCAACUCGAAUACAGUUUCGAACGUAGCGACGUCAAGAGGAUCGGAAGACAGCGAGAACGGGUCACCCACAACAAUAGUCAACACAGUAGCGGUCGGUUGCAGUACGUUCUUGAUGACAGCGGUUGUAAAGGUCGUCGACCGCCACGGGAAUGAACUGUUUGCUCGUGCAAUGCUAGAUUCUGGAUCCAUGUCAAACCUGAUGACGGAAAGGCUCGCUCAACUACUGCGUGUGAAGGGACAGAAGGUGAAAAUCGACGUACAUGGUGUAGGCACAGGCGUGGUAAAAUGCUCCCAAACCGUAUCCGUGGAGGUGCGGUCUCGAUUGACAGACUUCGCCAUGACUAUGGAAUUCUUGGUACUGAACAAGGUCACUGCCAAGCAACCCGUCGAAAGUAUUUCCACGCAUUCAUGGACCAUCCCUGAGAAUGUAUCAUUGGCGGAUCCGAAGUUCAACGUACGAGGCGAAGUGGACCUAAUUCUCGGAGUGCAACACUUUUUCUCGUUAUUUGGCCAAACCCCUCCGAUUCAUCUGGGACCCAACCUUCCUUUGGUCGUCGAAACCGUAUUCGGAUGGGUCAUCGCCGGAAGCGCUUCACUACAACCACACUCUCGGAUCACCAUCUCUAACUGUGCCACAGCUGAACCAUUGUGUCGUUUAAUAGAACGCUUCUGGGAAGUUGAAGAACUGGCCGACCGGAAACAACUGUCUAUCGAAGAGGAGGACUGCGAGGAGCUCUACAACACAACAACGACGCGAGAUGAAGAAGGGCGAUACGUCGUCAGAAUGCCGAAGAAACCGAUGAUCGAUCAAAUGUUGGGAGAAUCCAAGUCAUCGGCCCUGCAUCGUUUCAACCUACUGGAAAAAAGGCUCGAAAGGAACGAGGAACUUCGAACGGCAUAUCACAAAUUCCUGCGAGAGUACCUUGAUUUGCAGCAUAUGGAAUUGGUUCCUGAUUCCGAGCAGCAACCCAAACGAAGUUUCUACUUGCCCCAUCAUCCUGUUCUGAAGGCUUCCAGCACAACUACAAAAUUGAGGGUUGUCUUCGACGGAUCGGCGAAAACUAGUACUGGAUGCUCCCUAAAUGAGGCACUGCUUGUGGGCCCUGUCGUACAGGAUGAACUGCUGCACAUUGUGAUUCGUUUCCGGAAGUAUGCUGUAGCCUUGGUCGGAGACAUUGAAAAAAUGUACCGUCAGGUGACGGUCCACCCUGAGGACAGAUCUCUUCAACAAAUCUUGUGGAGAUUCGACACAUCCGAACCUAUUCGUACCUACCAACUUCGUACCGUUACCUACGGACUGGCUCCAUCGUCGUACCUUGCAACCAAAACACUCCUGAGACUCGCCGAGGACGAAGGACAACAUUACCCGAAGGCAGCACCACUGGUUCCGAAAUGUUACUACGUCGAUGACUUCAUUGGGGGAGACGACACUGUGGAAGAAGCCAUCACUUUACGAAACGAGAUGGGUGAUCUGAUGGCUAAAGGCGGCCUUCCCUUACGAAAAUGGACAUCAAAUCGUCUGGAGGUUCUCCAAGGACUUCCCCAAGAUCAAAUCGGAACACAAUCCUCCAUCAAAUUCGAUCCGGACGAAACCGUUAAAACGCUGGGCAUCACCUGGGAACCAGAAUCCGAUUGCCUGAAGUUCGACAUCAGCAUCAAGGAAAACGACGGCCCACUGACGAAGAGGAAAAUCCAGUCCUGCAUAGCGCAACUCUACGACCCCCUAGGACUCAUUUCUCCGGUCGUUAUCUCUGCAAAGAUCAUCAUGCAGCGUUUGUGGCUCAUACCCAUCGGAUGGGACGACGAAGUACCCAAGGAUCUCCAAGAAUUGUGGCAGGAAUUUCGUCCUCAAAUCAACGAACUGGCAGCUUGCAAGGUCGAUCGUUUCAUCUUUCUACCAAAUGCAGUAUCGGUGCAGUUGCACUGCUUCGCAGACGCCUCCAAGGUAGCAUAUGGCUGUUGCAUCUACGCACGCUCGGUGGAUGAACAUGGUACGGUGAAAGUUCAACUGGUUUCGGCGAAAUCCCGGGUCGCUCCCUUGAAACGACUCAGCAUCCCCCGACUGGAACUGUGCGCCGCACAACUCGCCGCUCGUUUGUACACCAAGGUCACUCAAGCACUGGAAUUGGAAUUCGACGCCGUACACUUUUGGUCGGACUCGACCGUAGUCCUGGAUUGGUUACGGGCCCCAUCAUACCACUGGAAAACCUUUGUGGCCAAUAGGGUAAGCGAAAUCCAAACUACUACCCACAACGCCCCAUGGAAACACGUCCCAGGAACCCAAAACCCGGCGGACCUGGUCUCAAGAGGAAUGCACGUCAGCGACUUCCUGGAAAGCAGUCUAUGGCAUCACGGUCCGGAAUGGUUAGGUACAUCGGAGGAGAAUUGGCCACAACAGAAGGAAUUGGAACCUGCACCGGAGGAUCAAAUGGAGAGGGAAACGGUGGCGGCUGUGGCAGCCUGCACGGUCAAAAUCAACCCUAUUUUCUCUCGCUACUCGCAUUUCACCAAACUCAUCCGAGUGACCGCUUGGAUAUCCCGGUUCCGACGCAAUUGCCAAUCGCGUCAUCUUGGUCAACACCCGCAUUUGGACACAACCCUGUCUGUGGAAGAAUUGGAAAGCGCAAAACACCAACUCGUCCGACUCGUUCAAUCGGAAACCUAUCAACAGGAAAUCAAGGACCUCUCCACUGGCAAACUCGUUUCUCCCAAGUCAACAAUUCGCAACCUGCUCCCGUUCUGUGAUGAGAAAGGCAUACUUCGAGUUGGAGGCCGUCUACGACACUCCAAUGAACCGUACGAGACAAAGCACCCAGCCCUUCUACCAGGAAACCAUCCCUUCACCAAACUGCUGGCUCGACACUAUCACCAUAAGCUUCUACACGGUGGACCACGACUAAUGCUGGCUGUAAUCCGGGAAAAUUACUGGCCGGUCAAUGGAAAACGUCUGCUGCGAGGAAUCACCAGAAGCUGCUACGAAUGCACACGAACGAAUCCGGUUCCAGUACGACAACCUAUGGGUCAACUUCCAGCCUCACGGGUAACUCCCAGCCGAGCAUUCUUCCACACCGGAGUGGAUUAUUGUGGUCCAAUCUAUCUGCGUCCACCUCAUCGGAAAGCUGCACCAAUCAAGGCAUACAUUUGCGUAUUUGUGUGCUUUACUUCAAAGGCGACCCAUCUGGAACUCGUGGGGGAUCUUUCGACGGCAUCGUUCAUGUCGGCACUCCGCCGAUUCAUUGCACGACGAGGAAAACCUGCUCACAUACAUUCCGAUAAUGGUAAAAACUUCAUCGGGGCUCGGAAUGAGCUUCACGAAAUCUACCAACGUCUGCAAAACCAGUCCGACCUUAACCACAUCCGGGACAAUCUCGCUAUGGAAGGAAUAUCGUGGCACCUAAUCCCACCGAAGGCACCCAAUUUCGGCGGUUUGUGGGAGUCCGCGGUCAAAAUCGCAAAACGUCAUCUGCAGCGGCAACUUCGAGAUUCCCUACUCAGCUACGAAGAGAUGUCAACAGUACUGGCCCAAAUAGAAUCCUGCAUGAAUUCGAGGCCACUUUGUGCACUAUCGGAGGACACUUCGGAUCUCUCUGCCUUGACACCAGGCCACUUCUUGAUUGGCACCUCCUUGCAUGCUCUGCCAGAUCCGGAUCUUCGAGAAAUCCCCAUCAAUCGGCUCGAUCGAUUUCAGCGGCUUCAAGAGAAAACACAGCAGUUCUGGUUUCAAUGGAGGAACGACUAUUUGAAGGAGCUGCAACGCGAUUCCAAACCCUUUCGCUGCCCUAGCACGACGCUGAGGACGGGGACGAUGGUGAUUCUCCGCGACGACUCGCUACCUCCUACGAAAUGGCCUCUAGCACGAAUUCUCGAAGCAAAUCCUGGCGGCGACGGCGUGGUGAGAGUGGUUGUUGUUCGGACGAGCAGUGGGAUAUACAAGCGACCGGCUUCCCAGAUCUGUCUUCUGCCUGCGGAUGAUCAGCAAUCUUUUUCAGCAAUCAGCGAUACAGCGAAGCACGACGUGGACGAUGAUUCAGAAUGCUGAAGAGAAGAUUAUAAAUGUAAACAAUGAAUGUAAAAUUUGACAAGAUAAUAUUGUAGUAGUAGUAGUAAGUUUGAAACUAUGUUUCAAGGUGGCGGCUAUGUUUAGUGCACUGUUUUAUUGUAGUUU